CCACAAUCCUGCCGUUGCAAGCGCCAUGCUCUACCAACUGAGCCAUAAAGGACAUUAUAUUAUAAAGACACAGUCCUACAAGUCUUUGGUAGUGGGCUCCAUGUUAGUACACAGUAUGACGUUAAAGCAUUAUUGAAAAGAGUGUUGUCCAAACACUGUCCUGGCAUUACCCCUGGAACCCAUUUUAAACAGGUGAGACCUGCCAGCACAUUACUGAUACAGUACUAUAUGAUGUUCAUGGAACAUGGAGGGGACUUUGGCUCCAUUGCCUGGUUAUGUUGAAGAUACUUCUUGGCCUGCAAGACAAUUUGAUCAAAUGUACAAUGAAACCCCUGUAAUAUGCCACUCACAGCUGUAACAAAGCAAGCCUUCAGAGCAUCAAACUAACACACAGGUCCUUUCUCAGCUCCUGUCUGCCUGUGGUGGAAGCAGUCACACACUUCCUGUAAACUGCAGCCUGAGGAGAACAAGAUAUUCAGAAGUAUUUUGAUAAGAUUUUAGAGGAUGACUUCACUGGUUAGAAUAGAUGAAUCUAUGGUCCAAGUCAUUUCUAGUCCACACUCAGUUUCCUCUUGAUUAUUCCCUAAGAGUCCCCAUAGCAACAUCGGGGGCCACUGGCACCAUGCAUAACAAUUGAAGCCAAAUUCCUUGGCAGGCAAUUCCUGUCCUUCCGAGUUCUCCCACUUACAUACAGUACAUCACCAAAAGUAUGUGGACACCCCUUCAAAUGAGUGGAUUCGGCUAUUUCAGCCACACCCGUUGCUGACAGGUGUAAUCGAGCACACAGCCAUGCAAUCUCCAUGGACAAAAAUUGGCAGUAGAAUGGCCCGUACUGAAGAGCUCAGUGACUUUCAACGUGGCACCGUCGUAGGAUGCCACCUUUCCAACAAGCCAGUUAGUCAAAUUUCUGCCCUGCUAGAACUGCCCCGGUCAACUAUAAGUGCUAUUAUUGUGAAGUGGCAACGUCUAGGAGCAAGAACGGCUCAACCGCGAAGCGGUAGGCCACACAAGCUCAAAGAACGGGACCGCUGUCCCGGUUGCAACACUCACUACCGAGUUCAAAACUGCCUCUGGAAGCAACGUCAACACAAUAACUGUUUGUCAGGAGCUUCAUGAAAUGGGUUUCCAUGGCCGAGCAGCCACACACAAGCCUUAGAUCACCAAGCGCAAUGCCAAGCGUCGGCUGGAGUGGUGUAAAGCUCACCACAAUUGGAAACGCGCUCUCUGGAGUGAUGAAUCACGCGUCACCAUCUGGCAGUCCGACUGAUGAAUCUGGGUUUGGCGGAUGCAAGGAGAACGCUACUUGCCUGAAGGCAUAUUGCGGAGGAAUAGCGGUCUGGGGCUGUUUAUCAUGGUUUGGGCUAGGCUCCUUAGUUCCAGUGAAGGGAAAUCUUAACACUACAGUAUACAAAUGACAUUCUAGAUAAAGCUGUUCCCCUUACUGUUGCCACAAAGUUGGAAGAAGGCCCUUUCCUGUUUCAGCAUGACAAUACCCCCGUGCACAAAGCGAGGUCCAUACAGAAAUGGUUUGUUGAGAUCGGUGUGGAAGAACUUGACUGAACUGCACAGAGCCCUGACCUCAAACCCUAUCGAACACCUUUGGGAUGAAUUGAAAUGCUGACUGUGAGCCAGGCCUAAUCGCCCAACCUCACUAAUGCUCAUGGCUGACUGGAAGUAAGUCCCUGCAGCAAUGUUUCAACAUCUAGUGGAAAGCCUUCCCAGAAGAGUGGAGGUUGUUGUAGCAGCAAAGGGAGGGGACCAACUCCAUAUUAAUGUCCAUGAUUUUGGAAUGAGAUGUUCUACGAGCAGGUGUCUACAUACUUUUGGUCAUGUAGCGUAUGAUGACCACUGAGGUAUAGAUGCUUUUGGAUUAUGAAUGGCUACAGUGCCCAUAUUUGUUAGGUAGCUACAUACGCACCCCACCAGUACACUGGGCAAACAGCCAAGGAAACCAUCUCAUCCUCUCUCGACUGCGAGUCCACACGUUUGAUCAAUAGGUAGACACUUGAUCCAUAGUCUUUGACGAUGGAAAAAAAACUACAAAUACAAUCAAUUGAAUAACGAUCUAAUGCCUCUGCAUAAGCUCUUGUACAAUAUUAAGUAAGUAUCAUAGAAAUAGAUGGCACUCGUGGGAAAAUAUCACUCAAACCAUUUGAUGACAUAGUCCAUGGACAGCGCCAUGUUGUUGACCCUGAAUCAGGAAAUUACAUGCAUGCAAUCUACGAACGUGAUUUGUUAGGGCAAUAUGGAUUAUGGACUUUUUGAUUUGCCAAUGGUUACCCUUACGCAAAAGCAUUGGACCAAUGGUAUCGUAUGAGUACUACCCAUAGUUGUUUGAUUGGCUACCUGUCAUUGUAGACCCCGCCUUCGUUGUCUGUCCCGAGGAAGAGAUGUGUAGCCUCCAGUUAUUGCAAAAUCAUGGCAACAUUCAUGGAACGACUAUCUUUCCUUCAGAAAGUUCCCACUCUGAUGAAAGCAACAGCAGAUGACGAAAAGCCCUGUCCUGGCUACCUCUUUGAAGACAUCGGAAAAAUCUCCCAGGAGUCCACUGGGUGUGGUCAGUGCCUGUUGGAGUACCUGUUGGAGAGGCUGCAGGUAGAAUCCUGCCAUGUCAAAAUAAAGGUUCUGAAGAUCUUCGUCCAUCUCUGUGGUCACGGAUCACCUCACUUUCUGACGGAACUCAGACGGAACUCCACCUUCAUCCAGCAGGCCUCAGUUUACAGUGGUCCUCUUGACCCCAUCCAUGGCACCGCUAUGUACCAGAAAGUGAGGGCCACGGCACAGGAAUUAGCCAGGUUACUCUUCACAGAGACAGUCUCUGUCCAGAGCAGCACGUCUCCAUGCAAACUAGCCAUGGCCAACAUGGGCAUGGGGUCAGAGUCUGCCCACGGAUCCAGAAUGCAGGGGUUUGGCUACAGCCCGGGGAAGAACACAACAACAGGUGGUGAGACCCUGAUGGACAAGAUCCGCAAGGCUACUGAGUUUGUGGCCAGUGCCGUCCUGCCCCCGAUGGAACACCAGGGUAUCCGACUCCAUGACAACCACUACCGGGCGGUGGUGGCGCCUUCAGGCCCCGUAGAGGUGGCAGUGCCAGCAUGUGCCUACACUGUGCCUCCUCACAGACCCAAAGUUUCCCAGCGGUGUCCAGGGCAGGUGGGUGGGGGCUGGGAGGAGAUUGACAGCAGCCAUAGCUCCUCCCACAACUCCUGUCAGGAGACCGCAGACCAUUGCCAGGUCUCGGGGGGCAGUAGCAGCAAUUCGGGUGGCACCGGUAGCCAAUCGGGAGCCAGUAGGGAGAGCUCCGGAGACCUAUCAGAACGGGUGGAGGCUAUGCAGUUAGGGGACUGUGGGCAGGAGAUGGCGCUGAUCAGAAGGAUGACUGAGGGCUCCAAGGUCUUCCUGUCCAGAGAGGAGAACCAGCACUUCAUCAAGGAGUGUUCCACUCUGAACUGUGAGGUGGUGGUGGAGCUGCUCUCUCGCAGACUGCAGGACCCGUCACAGACUGCCCAGAUGAGGGCGCUGUGUGCUGUGGCCUGUCUCAUGACCUCUGAUCUGCUGUCUCUGGAGCAAAUCUUCGGGAUGACCCAGAGGAGGCUGGUCCAGCUGAGUGAGGGACCUCCAGGGCCUGUAGCCAACAAGGCCAUCAAGAUCCUUCGUCAGUUUAAGGCUUUGAUGGGCGGGCCAAUCAUUGGUGCCGGAUGUGAUGCAGCAGCAGCCAAUGGUGUUCCUCUAUCCUCCUCGGACCAGCGCCCCACUCCCACAAGUCCCGCACUGCUACUGCCAACACGCCCAGGUGACAUCACGGUCUUUAACCAUCACAGAGGGAGAGACCCUGAGACUGAGCAGUCACCUGGGGGGCAAGCUCAACCCCCUCCCCUGUCUGACCUGGGCUGGGCCCAAAGGGGUACAUCUGAGAGGUUACUAAAUCUCAACCUUGAUGAUGAGAGAGGGUCUGCUAAUCAGGAUGAAGAGUUCAUGGACAGUCAGAUUGGGUUUAGGACUGGUGAGACCCAGCUCAACUCAAAUGUUACAGUUAAAGACUCAGAGCUCCAGACAGAGAGGGACCCAUUCCGAGUCACGGACCCCCAGAUCGAGCAGCCCUGUGGGGGUAGACUCUCUUUGUUCAGUGGCAUGGAGCUGGUGGCCAGAGGGACAUCUGUGUGUCCAUCAACCCUUACAGAGAGGAAUGGAGAUCUGCAGCUUCAGGUGGGAAAGAGAGACGGGAGGGAGUGUCUGAGUGUUACCCAUACAAACACACCGCUACUCUGUGUCGAUGACAGCGAUACAACGCCUACGUACGACCUCACGUCCACCAGCAGCCAAUCAGCCUUCUCUUUCCUUAACCUCUGAUCUCCAACACAGAACAGGAAUGUUUAGGAUCAUGCUGGCACCAUAGGCAUUUCUGCUCUGAAAACAUGACUACAAUUUGUCAGGGGUGCCCAGCUCCCAGUCCUGAAGGUAUGCAAUGUUCGCUGUGAGUUGUUAUAUUAACCCCCAGAGGUAAAACCUCUACACAGUAUGCCUAGAGUAUGUUCAGUUUGCAGAGUUAUGUUUAACAAAUGUGAGGUAAUUUUCGAGCUAGUUAAUGGUUACUUUGACUCAGGAUUUUGCACUACAAUGAUUUUAUGUUAGAGUAAUCCACCUGGGCACACACUGGUUGAAUCAACAUUGUUUCCACGUCAUUUCAAUUAAAUGACUUUGAGCCAACGUGGAAUAGAUGUUGAAUUGACAUCUGUGCCCAGUGGGAUGUGUCUUCCGCUCUUCUCUGGCACUAGGUGCCCUUCUUACUACCUUAAAUAUAAACAUUGAGUGUUAUUUCACAAGUGUGUUUUAUUUCUACUCUUGAUUCACAUUCAAUAGGAAUGGGACUGGUUGUAGAUUGCAUGAACGAUUUGCCAAAACCUCAGUGAAAUAUAAUGAAGUAAUGUUUGACGGAGUUGUCCUUCUCUAUGUCCUGUCUGUUGGUCAGAGCGCUACAGUAUACGACAGAUUGAAAGCAUAUUGGUACAUUCAGUGGUGAUACUGUGUCUAUUUCAACUAAAGCCAUGCUGUUGCACCACUGUGUGACUAGAAUAAAACCUGCUGUUUGUUGCAGCACUAAGUAGAAGGAAGGCCUUUCAUGGUGGGCCAUUACAUAACAUUAGCAGCACCCCGCCCUACAGGCGUUAAAUAAAUGGAUCUGAUUCACUGCAAUUC